AUACCUUGUUAUAAAUCGAGAUAUUUAAUUUCAGCAAUGGUACCUUUAACAGCAGUCGCCUUUUCUGCAGCGCUCAAACAUAGCAUUCAGCUCGGACAGGAUCAGAUUGUUGAAUUCGACAAGGUUGUAACUAACAUUGGAAAUGCGUUUGAUUCUCGUCACAGUCAUUUCACUGCACCAGUUAAAGGAAUAUAUUUGUUUUCUGGUUCACUAUUUGCACAAGGUGGUAACACUGUUCACGUUGAUAUUGUAAACAAUGGAAAUGCCAUCGGUUAUCUAUAUGCAGACAGCAAUCAGCAAAUCAGCACCAAAACAGUAGUUGUUGCGGUAGAGAUGGGAGAUAUGGUUUGGAUGAAACACAGAGGCGAUCAAAUCGGAAAAUCAUUAAUUUAUGGUAGCCCAGCAGAGCAGUUUAAUACAUUUUCUGGAGUACUUAUACACCAGUUAGGAUAGACGCCUUGUUCGAAACAUUUCGUUUUAUUCAUCCAUUUUAAAUUUGUAAAUAUGACGUUUUUCUCAGCAGUUUA